UUGAACGAGACUAUUUGUUUACAUGGUUGCUGAAGAUGUCCUGUUUUGUCCGAGAUAAACUUUCGAUUCUUAAGGACUGCUGAACUUCAGAAUGAAUGAUUAAAUGGAAACACAUGACGAGUAUGAUAUUAUCUCAUCACACCGAACAAUUUUCUGAUGGAAAAAUUUGUUUUCUGCAUCUACCUCUCCCCAAAUUAUCUACAACAGCUUCGGCAAUGGCCUCGAAAUAUCCAUCAAGUAGUGGAACCACUAACUUCGCCCGACUGUCUAGACUUGUCCUUGAUGUAGUUUGUGACCUUCUCAGAGCUGUGCUCAAAGCCAAAGUGCCACCCCCAGGACUUACUGCCAUUCUAGGAAGUCAAAGAGUUCAGCUUUGCAGAAAUCUUGAACAUCGUCAGCGACAGAUUCUUUAUCCCUCAGGUGGAGUGUUCUCAGGUACCCUGGAGGACUUGGACUUUACACUUCUAUAUAAACUACUAAGAAACCUCCAGAGUAUCAAUAUUCCACCACACCAGACUGGUUGGGGGAAGCCACCAGACCCAGCAGACAGGUCACUUUCAGCUAAUAUUGACCGGUUAAGAGUGCAGCGAAAUGAAGCUUAUGGACACCUGUCGACUGCAUCACUGUCUGAUUCAGACUUCAAUAGUAGGUGGUACCUCAUCCGUCAGAGCGUGUGUGAAAUAGAAAAGGACGCUUUGACAGGUGACACAUACGUAACAGCUGUGGAUGAUCUACUGACCGUGAGCAUGGACCCUGAGGCAGAGACAUAUUAUAUAGAGGAACUAGAGAAACAACACAAGGCGGACUUGGAGGUCAAGGCCAUUGUACAUGAGGUCAAAGCUAGACAGGAGGUCAUGGCAACAAACAUCAGUGAAGUUUCCAACAAGCAGGAGGUCAUGGCAACAAAGCAGGAAGUCAUGGCAAGGGAUAUGCAUGACUUAAAAGGUAUAAUCAAGAUCCCUUAAUUAGAAACUGCUUUUAAUGGUAUACAAAAUUUCAUAGUUAAUAGUUCAACUUUAGAGGGUCAAAACAAAGUCACUGUUAAAAUCUCACCUGGUCAGUUGGGUGUGAAUUUUUUAGCUAAACUUCCUAAAGGGCUAGCGAGCUUAUGCAAUGGCGUGGCAUCUAUCGUUCAUCCGUUCGGUGUCAGAUGAAUUUCCUUUAAACAACUUCUUCUGAAUAAUGAAGAGGUCACAGGGGUCAAAUAU